AUGACCAAGGAAGAGAUUGAAUCAUUUGUCGUUCUUUUAAGAGAAGAAUUGGAUAGGGAACGUCAGGAGCGAAAUCUUGUGUCCCUUGAAAAAGAUAAAAUAAUGACAUUCUGGGAAAUAACAAAGAAACAGUUAGAGGAUGCUAGAGCAGUUUUAGCAAAGAAAGAACGAGAAAUGGAAGAUGCAGAUGAACGUCACCAACUGGAAAUGAAGAUUUACCGACAAAAGUUGAAACAUUUAAUGUUCGAACAAAAUUCACGGCAGUCGGAACAGAAGAAGGAAGCCCUACAGGAAUUAAGUAACGCGAAGGAUGAUGCGCGAGUUGAAAUCCGUGCCAUACGCAACGAAAACUACACUUUGAAGAACCGUUUACGUCAACAGCAAGUACAAGCAGAGGAAAUGGUAAAGGCAUUGAAGAGGGAACAUGAACUAGAGCUCUCUGAAAUGCGUCAGGAUUUCUCCAGAAAGACAGAAGAGAUAGAGACACGCGCAGCUCGUCAGAUGGCCAUGAUUCGAGAAAAAGUGGACACUCAGCGACGCGUGGAAGUGCAUAUGACAGAGGAAAACAAGAAUAAGCAUAUUCAGAGUCUGGAAGCGAAUCACGAGAGAGCAUUUGCAAACAUGAAGGCUUAUUACAAUGAUAUCACUCUCGGGAACAUUAGCGUGAUCAAAACCUUAAGAGUAAGCAUCGCAAUGGGUACUUCGUCUUUCAUUAGUUUUGUGGAGUUCCUGUGA